UUCAGAUGUGUGGAACGUGCUUAAAAUCCUACAGGACGUACAAGUUGCGGGAUGUGCACGACUUUAAGGAUGCCUGAAGGAGAGGUGAAACAGAAUUGAUGCUUUUGUUCAAUAUUUGGAAAUACAGUGGUAUAAAAUGCAAGAUUAAAUACAACAUCGUCGUGGUAAUCGCGGGUUUAGACAUUUCCAGCCACUAGCUAUGUCUCUUUGCUGCUGCUUGUUUCUGAUAUUCAGUUUGAAAAAUUGCAAGCCUUGAUCUCUGAAUACUGAAACAUGGAAAUUUUGAUGAGCAGCACUCUACCAACCAAUGUGACCAGCAGUCUACCGACCAAUGCAACUCCGACAGGGAGAGAAGAACAUGAGUUUAAGUCUUUGGCGCUGUUCAUCAUGGUGAUCAUCAUCACCAUUAUCGUCGUGGGUAACCUUCUGGUCAUCAUCGCUAUCGCACGCACCUCCCAGCUGCAGACCACGACGAAUAUCUUCAUCAUGUCAUUGGCAUGUGCUGACCUCAUAAUGGGGGUGCUAGUGGUGCCACUGGGUGCCACAAUUGUCGUAACGGGGAAAUGGCAACUCACCAAGACUUUGUGCGAGUUAUGGACAUCGGUUGAUGUGUUAUGCGUCACUGCCAGUAUAGAGACCCUUUGCAUCAUCGCAGUGGAUCGGUACAUCGCAAUCACGCAGCCUCUGCGGCAUAAAGUGCUCCUGAAUAAGUGUAGGGCUCGAAUUAUCGUUUGUGUCGUGUGGCUGGUCUCAUCUCUAAUCUCCUUCGUCCCCAUUAUGAAUCAGUAUUGGCGUGUGGAGAAUGACGAUGAAUUCUUAAGAGAAUGUAACAAGGACCCCAAGUGCUGUGAUUUUAUAGCAAAUGUGCACUUUGUUAUAAUUUCAUCAGUGGUUUCAUUCUACAUCCCACUACUCAUCAUGAUUUUCGUCUAUGCACGCGUCUUUCUCAUUGCCACACGACAGGUACAGCUAAUCGACAAAAACCGUUUGAGGUUCCAAAAUGAGUGCAUAGGAAAUCAGGUACAGCCGACACACCACGGCAACAACAACUUACCUUCGACGUGCAAUAAUGUCGGAGGAACGACGGCAAGGCGGAAAAGUUCCCGAAGGCGAUCGUCGAGAAUAACCGUCGUCAAGGAGCACAAGGCCCUCAAGACACUGGGCAUCAUCAUGGGCGUCUUCACACUCUGCUGGUUGCCUUUCUUUGUGGCGAACAUCAUCAAUGUCUUCAAUCGACACGUGCUGAGCAUGGAGAUUUUUCGUUUAUUAAACUGGUUAGGCUACAUCAACUCCGGCCUCAACCCCAUCAUCUACUGUCGAAGUCCAGAGUUUCGUGUGGCCUUCAAGAACCUUCUUGGCUGUCCCUGGUUGCCCUCUCUAAAAAUGAACUUCCUUUUCAAGGGGCUUCGGACUCGAUGCCCCUGCUUCCUGGGGUCUGCGGACCAAGGAAUGCCUGGAUCGUUCCAGAAGUCCCCCACAUUGCCAGAGACAUUGCCUGAAGAAGGGAGCAGCCAGAGCAGCUACAGGAACGAGGAGGCAUCGCCGGGACCGCCACACUCCAAUGGCAGCACCUUCUUCAGUGAAUUCUCCGAAGCAGAGUUCUGUAACCUACAGGGGCAGGAUGGCUGAAAGUUUCUAGCAUGGCUGAAAGAAAAGGACGCUGAUGAAGAAACUGACAAAAGGACUGACCUACGUCACAGUUGGCUGGACUUCCCCAGCAGAGAC